CCAGCUUCAGGGCAGGCCAGCCGGCUGCUCGUCCCGUCCUCUCGUGGUCUUCCUCGCCGUCGCCGGAGGCGGCACGAGGCCUGGUCUUCCUCAAGCCAUGGCCGCCGCCGUCCACUGUUCCAGGUAACGCUCCCCAACAAUCUGUGUUCCAUUCUAUACUCUUGGAUUUUCCCUUUGUCCUGGCCCUCCGAGAUGUGUAGGAAGCGUUUUCUUGGAAUGGAUUGAUGUAUGCUGUGUUCGAAUCGACCGUCAUUGUCUACGCACUGUGCCAGGUGGGGAACACGGCUUGGGAGCAGGUAUGGACGGCGGGGGCACUGAGUACGUAGGAGUGUGGAGUCAGGAGUCCAUUGCUGUCGCUGCUCCCAUGGAGGUCCACUCCAGCCUGCUCGAGACGAUGCUGGAGGGCAUAUGUUCCUAUGAGCUUUCUAUAUGGUUCUGGCACUUCUUCAACCAAAAAACCAUCUUGCCAUAAGUGUUGUGCAUUGGUGGAGCUAACUCUACCGCAUAAAGAACUUCGGAAAUUAAGCCAACUAAUUCGAUAUCGGGAGUUUGUUUUGCCCCAGUCAUCCCUGAAAGAACUAGCUUGCCAACAAUUGGCCCAUGGAAUGGAUGAACAAUGGUCCUAUCAUUCUUCUCACUCAGCCUCAGUUUCAAGUGGGCAAUAUUCUGUGAAAAAGAGCACUGUGAAGGAAGUUCAAGAUCGCCAACAUUGUCAGCCACAAGGUGUUGCUUACUUCACUGAUUUGUCGGAGAAAGAAAUUGAGAGAAGACGGAAGAUUGGUGCUGCGAACAAGGGGAAGGUUCCCUGGACAAAAGGCAGGAAAUGGAGUGAAGAGCACAAGAAGCUCAUCAAGCAACGGACUGCUGAAGCUCUGAGAGACCCCAAGGUUAGGAAGAAAAUGUUAGGCCAUCGUCAGCUACAUAGGCAGACAAGCAAAGACAAAAUAAGUGCCGCACUGAGGACGAUCUGGGAGAGGCGGAUAGUUUCUGUCCAAUCAAGACAGAAGGUUCUGCAGAUAUGGUCAAAUAGUAUAGCUGAAGCAGCAAAGAAUGGUGAUCACAGCCAAAAUAUGCUUCACUGGGACAGCUAUGAAACGAUAAAGUCAGAGAUGAUAUCUAUGUUCCUGUGGAACAAAGAGAGGGGGCAGAUAAUCAAGAAGCUUAAAAAGGCAGUGGCAAAAAUAACUGCCAAGAGGCUUCAAGCAGCAAGGAGAAUUAAAGAACAGGCCACAGGGACAAAGACUUUGAAACCUGAGAAGAAGUUGAAACCUGAGAAGAUGUUGCUACAGAAUUCAGACCGUCAACCAACACGAGUGGUAGUAUCUGCAAAGCCAAAGCUUAAGGAGCGACUAGCUAAGUGGCAUGGUCGAAAAAAAGAGCUCGAAACUGUGAUAAGUUUACGAGCAAGGAAAAGAGGACUGCGAAAGGCACCACGAAGGCAAAUGGCAGCAGAAAGCCUCGAGGCUCCUUCAACUCCGGCUGCAGGAACAUCUGUUAUCUAGGAAGAAUUUCCUUGCGUUGACAUGACUCGAGCUGCUUAGCAGCCGGAAGCUCGUGGUCACCCUAUAGAGAAGCUCAUGACCAUACUGGGCAUGGGGGUUUUGUCAUUUCGUAAUUGAAGUUUAAGUGACUGAACUUGUAGCAUUUGCGGGCAGAAUUUGUGACUUGUGAGGCCAUCUGAUUCUGUAUGUGAUGACUUAACCGAUCUGAAUGAAGAAUUUUGUUGCAGCCACUUUUGUUUGAUAGCCUUCUGUCGAAGAAAAUGUAAUGUAUACUACAAAUGAUGCUAUAUAUCAAGACAGUUUUUCUCCUGGGAAAAAAAGGGCAAACCUUUUACACUCGGGAUUGAGUUU